CGUGAAAGCGGCGGUUUGGCGGUUUGGGGGUGGUGGGUGGUUCUGCCCCGCCAAAAUCCGUCAUUUUUGGCUUUUGGGUGGUCUCAGUCGCCAAAGCUUGACAGGGCUGAGACAAUAAUUCGACCUUCUACAAUUAAUAUAUAUCUACGCUCUACUCUUCUACAGCGUCAACCUCAACCUCAACCUCACUCUCUAGCUCAAUCAAUUGUUUAUAGGUACAAUCUUAUAGACGCAGAGUCAAGAUGGCUGCCACCGGUGCUGCAAACUCCGAUCCCUUCUAUGUCCGCUACUACUCAGGACACCAAGGUCGACACGGUCACGAAUUCCUAGAGUUUGACUUCCGCGUGCUAGGCGAUGGAAGGAGCGCAUCGGCGCGAUAUGCGAACAACUCAAACUACCGCAAUGACUCCCUGAUCCGGAAAGAGAUGUGCGUCAGCUCGACGAUGAUUGACGAGAUCAAGCGCAUCAUCAAGACCAGCGAGAUCCUGAAGGAAGACGAUGGCAAGUGGCCGCAGAAGAACAAGGAUGGGCGACAAGAGCUGGAGAUUAGACUGGGGAAUGACCACAUCUCGUUUGAGACAGCCAAAAUCGGAUCCCUCGUCGACGUCAGCGACUCCGCCGAUCCAGAAGGCCUCCGCGUUUUCUACUAUCUCGUGCAGGACCUCAAGGCACUGGUCUUCUCGCUGAUAGGCCUUCACUUCAAGAUCAAGCCGAUAUGAGCAGUGGGAAGCACAAGGGGGCGUUGUGUGGCAUUUGCGCAUUUUGCUAGGAGAAACGGGGCGUUUUAUAUCGUGUUCUCGAUACCAUUGAAGGUUGAUCAGGGGAAUUACAGAAAAAUCUUGCGUUUUGAGGCUGUACAAGGACCACAGGGACCGAGCAAGCAGACCAAGCAUGACAAGCAUGAUCGAAUGUAGAUUAGAUAUUUGCAUCGCAUGGAGGAAUAUUUCUUUUCUAGCACUUUCACCCCGACACUUUGACACCUUGACGUCUUUUGUCGUUCUUUAAUGUUCAUCUAUAUGUGACAUU